AUGGGCGUCUGCCUGUGCAAGGACAAGGUCGAGGAAAGCUUCGUCGAUGAUAGUAGCCGGGAUUCGUACGCACCGAACGGAAGCGACACAGGCCGGUUGGCUGGUAGUGGCGGUGGAGCAGGUGGCAGCGGAGGUGGCGGAAGUGGUGUUGUCAGUGGUGGGGGGCCGGGUGGUCAGAAUGGACAUCAUCACAUCCGGCACUACUCCCGAUCCGACCGGCAAGUUUCACUCUCCGACACGGUAGACGCGCUGGUCAAGGAAACGCUCGAAAUCAUCGGCUCAAUUGUGGACAAUGAACCAGAAACACCCAGCUCGAUGGUGAUGCUGCACGACAUAACGGACAAACCGUCCGGUUGGAUACAGCUUGUUAAAUCGUUAAUCCGUGUGAUACCACUCGAUAACCCGAUGGGCCCCAGUGUCAUAACGCUCCUGCUCGACGACAGUCCACUUCCAUCGAAAGAGUCCGUACUGGAGGUGGCCGAUAUGAUAACGCGAUCGAUACGGCGCACACCAAAGCGUGAGCGUAACAUGUGCAUCAUAUUGGGCUUCCUUGCGGAACGGCUUGCAGGGCCGUGCAGUAUAUCUGCCCUGUCGGAGGUAACUCUGGGCUAUCUGCUAGGGAAUCUGGACGAAGGAAUUCAUCCGGAUGUGAUGCUAUUUUCGCUAAUUGCGCUAGAGAAAUUUGCACAAACCAGUGAAAACAAGGGCACUAUUAGGAGAAAAUUAGCACUCUAUCCGGACAAUCCUCUGCUGCGGCUCGAGAGACACAUCACGAGCAAUGAUUACACGCUGCGUCAAGUCGGGUUCUGUGCUCAGUGGUGCUUAGAUAACUAUUUCCUUAUUGAAGGUCGGCAAUACUCGUACGAGGUAGCGGAUGUCAGUAACGUAAAUGUGAUGCUCAACACGCGUGACGUCAGCGAGUACCUGAAAAUCUCGGCCGACGGGCUAACGGCACGAUGCGAUGCGUACUCGUUCGAAAGUGUCCGGUGUACGUAUCAGGUCAAUGCCGGGUGUUGGUACUACGAGGUGCUGAUCAUGACACCGGGCGUUAUGCAGAUUGGGUGGGCAACGAAGGAUUCCAAUUUUCUUAGCCACGAAGGUUACGGUAUCGGGGACGAUGCGUACUCGAUCGCGUUCGACGGCUGUCGGAAGCUGAUCUGGCAUAAGGCGAAACCGAUGCAGCACAAUCUGAACGUGUGGACGGGUGGAUCGAUACUGGGCUGUCUGUUGGAUCUUGAUGCACGGGAAGUCGUGUUCAGUUUAGACGGGUUCGAAGGUGAGGUGUUGAAACAACUGUUCGAAUCGGGUAGUGCCAUCGAAGGAUUCUUUGCGGCAGCUUCGUUCAUGUCAUUCCAGCAGUGUCGCUUCAACUUUGGUUCAACGCCGUUCGUUUAUCCGCCCAAAAAUCGAACGUUUAAGAGCUUUAAUGGUCAUGCGGUGCUGAGCGAACAGGACAAGAUCGUUUUACCGCGCCAUCUCUUCCUGGAGCAGUUACGAAAGCUGAGUGUCCGUGAGGACUCAUGUACCCUUUGCUUUGACAUGAAAGCAACGAUACGUAUCGAACCUUGCCAGCAUCGAGGAUUCUGCACGAACUGUGCUGCCUUGCUGCAAUUCUGUCCCAUGUGCAGAGCAGAAAUUCUUAGCACAGUGCACGAAGAGUCCACACCCGAAAUCACUAGUCCGGGACAUUCGGAACCGAAUGAAGCGGACGACACAACUACCAACACUCCGGAAGAACAGAAACAAUAA